AUGGUUUGUGAGAUGGAGAGUGAUCAACUUGAAGAAAUGGACGUUGAAGUCCUAUCUUCAAUGUGGCCUGAAGAUAUGAAUGAAGCUGGGAAGCAGUUCAAUAUUGAAAAUCCACGACCAGAUCAAGAUAUGUUAAAGGAGGUUACGAUCAAUGAAGAGCCUAAGAUUGUGGACUUUAAACGUCUCCUAGAGCUGAGCAAUUACAGUGACAAAGGUUCAUCACAGUUGGCUUACUUGGUUAAGAACUGGGAAUAUAAGCAGGCUAAUGCUGUACGGCUUCUUAGAGAAGAGCUUGAUACCCUGAACAAACAACAGCAGGAAUCAGAACUCAAGAAAUUAGAGAUAUUGGAGGAACAUCGGUUUGAGGAAGAAAGAUAUGGGGGCGACAAGCGUCCAAUCUCCAUAUUUGAUGACAACUUGAAAUAUGUCUAUCAGAAAGUUCCACGAAGGAAACAUGAUGUAGUUGUCCAUGAUGAAAGACUUGAAAUAAAUGAUGUAGAGUUUGACAGUAUCAAGUACUGGAAGCAGAGGGCAUUGCAUUUAGAGAAGCUAUUGGAGGCAAGUAUCCAGCGAGAGCAAAUACUACUAGAAAAAUUGCAGGAAAGUAUAGAAAAUCUAGAAAAGCAGUCUUCCCCAGUAGAAGAACUUUCUCAGAUGCUAACAAGAGCAGAUAACUUUAUGCAUUUUAUCCUCCAAAAUGCUCCAGUUGUCAUUGGCCACCAGGAUAAAGAGUUGCGGUACCGGUUCAUCUACAAUCACUUCCCAAGUUUGCGUGAGGAGGACAUUAUAGGUAAAACAGAUGUUGAGAUAUUUACUGGUUCAGGAGUUAAGGAAUCUCAGGACUUCAAAAGAGAAGUUCUUGAACGAGGAUUACCAGCAAAGAGGGAAAUAACAUUCGAAACUGAACUGUUCGGGUCAAAGACUUUUUUGAUAUAUGUAGAACCAGUUUUUAGCAAAGCUGGAGAGACUAUUGGUGUCAAUUAUAUGGGAAUGGAAGUAACUGAUCAGGUAAGAAAAAGAGAAAAGAUGGCAAAGCUUCGAGAGGAAAUUGCUGUGCAAAAAGCUAAGGAGACAGAACUGAACAAAACAAUACACAUAACAGAGGAAACAAUGCGAGCAAAACAAAUGCUAGCAACAAUGUCUCAUGAAAUAAGAUCUCCUCUGUCGGGAGUUGUAAGCAUGACAGAAAUUCUUUCUACAACAAUGCUUGACAAGGAACAACGACAAUUAGUUAACGUCAUGUUAUCUUCGGGUGAUUUAGUGCUUCAAUUAAUAAACGACAUUCUUGACCUGUCCAAGGUUGAGUCAGGAGUUAUGAGAUUGGAAGCAACAAAGUUCAGGCCAAGGGAGGUAGUGAAGCAUGUAUUGCAGACUGCAGCAGCAUCACUGCAAAAACUGUUGACCUUGGAAGGUCAUGUUGCAGAUGAUGUUCCAGUGGAGGUUAUAGGUGAUGUUUUGAGGAUUCGCCAGAUCCUUACAAACUUGAUCAGCAAUGCAAUUAAGUUUACCCACGAAGGGAAAGUUGGUAUAAAGCUCUAUGUGUUGUCUGAGCCACCAACCCAGACAAAGCAAGCAUCUUAUGGGAGGAAUCAAUCAAAAGUAUCAGAAAGCACAGCAAUAGAGGAUAAAUGCUUAUCAUCUACUCAGAGUUGCCAUAACCAAAAGGAAACUUAUUUGCAAAAUGAUCGAGAAGGGACUCAUGAAAAUCAUGUAAUAAAUGAUGAGCCAAGAACUCCAAAACCAGAUGUGACUUCAAUGGAGGAAGAUGAUGAGAGUGUAUAUAAUUUACAAGAAACAGUAUGGUUAUGCUGUGAUGUGUAUGACACGGGGAUUGGAAUACCAGAAACUGCUUUACCAACUCUAUUCAAGAAGUAUAUGCAAGUUGGUGCUGAUACUGCUCGAAAGUAUGGUGGGACUGGACUAGGCCUAGCAAUUUGCAAACAAUUGGUUGAGCUCAUGGGUGGUCAUCUUACGGUAUCAAGCAAAGAACAUCAUGGUUCUACUUUUACAUUUGUACUUCCUCAUAAGGUUUCGCCACUAUGUGAUAGUUCAGAUGAUCCUGAUGAACUCUCUGAUAUGGCUAGCCCUGAUGAUCCUGCUGACAAACACGAGGAUGAUAUUGAUUGUGGGUUUUUCCAAUUCCAACCUCGCACAUUGGGUUCUCUAUUUACAUCUCAUAAUUCUGGAAGGAACCAGACUGUGUUACCAAACAAUUGUGGAUUGGAUACCUUGCACAAGAGUAACAGAUUGCCAAAAGAUUACUGUUCAUUUUCUUCGACGAUUGAGACGGUAAAGGAGACAAGUUCAGUAGGUGAAAUAUCUUCAGUAAAUGCUCCAGUUGAGAUAUUUUCUGAGCCUGAAACUUCACAAUCUUUCAACUCAAAUUUUGAUAACCAUAGUGCUGUUGCUAGAAGCAAGCAAAGUCCGGAUGAGAGGGAUUGUCAGCUCUCGGAUAGGUGUGGUUCUCCUGGUACCUCAACUAUUGGCGGUAGCCAAAGUGAAAUUUCUGGGACAACGGAUGCCAAUGAAACAUGUCAUAGUCAAACACGGUUUGACAGGAGUUCCGAAUGCUCUUCCAGCAAUAGUCCUGAAAUUCCAAAAUCACUUUUGAAACCUAAGAUACUUCUUGUAGAAGACAACAAAAUAAAUGUGAUGGUAACGCAGUCAAUGAUGAAGCAGUUGGGUCAUAAGAUAGAUGUUGUCAAUAAUGGAGUCGAAGCCGUCCGUGCAGUGCAACGAAGUAAUUAUGACCUCAUUCUUAUGGAUGUAUGCAUGCCUGUAAUGGAUGGUCUCAGAGCGACGAGACUAAUCAGGUCAUUCGAGGAAUCUGGGAACUGGGAUGCUGCAGUGGAGGCUGGAAUUGAGCAUCAGUUACCUUCUUCAGAUCCUUCACAAAAUGAGCAAGUGUUUAAACCAUCAACAAAAAAGAUUCCAAUCAUUGCGAUGACAGCAAAUGCAUUGUCAGAGAGUGCAGAUGAAUGCUUUGCGAAUGGUAUGGACUCUUUUGUAUCAAAGCCUGUUACAUUCCAAACACUAAAACAGUGUCUUCAAGAAUAUUUGCCAAAGCGUUAGUUGUAAAUGUAUGCUUCCUGUACAUAAAAUCAAA